AUGGCUUUCUCCAUUCACCAGAUCUGCAGAGGUUUUUCCUCUUCAGCUGUCAGAAAUGCUGUUAUUAAGCAUGUAACAGUCAUCGGAAGUGGGCAGAUGGGUGCAGGAAUUGCACAGGCUGCAGCAUCAACUGGCCACUCAGUGGCGCUGGUGGACAUAAAUGACGACAUCCUCAAAAAGGCUAUCAAAGGAAUUGAAGGGAAACUUAAAAGAGUGGUGAAGAAGAAGUUUGCUGAUCAGCCAGAGGCAGGUGAGGAGUUUAUUCAGAAAGUCCUGCAGAAUGUGUCAACAUCAACAGAUGCCGAGUCUGUAGUUCAGGACACGGAUAUUGUGGUGGAGGCCAUUGUGGAAAAUCUAAAAAUCAAACAGGAUCUCUUUGGUCGGCUUGACAAGCUGGCACCAGCACACACUAUCUUUGCCAGCAACACAUCUGGCAUUCGCAUUACUGACAUUGCCAGCUCCACCAGCAGGCUGGAUAGAUUCGCCGGCCUUCACUUUUUCCAUCCGGUCACUACAAUGAAGCUUGUAGAGAUCAUCGCGACCUCAGAAACAAGCCAAGAGACUUUAGAUUCCAUUCGAAACUUCAGCAAAAUUCUCGGGAAAACACCAGUGUCCUGCAAGGAUGAACCUGGAUUCAUUGCAAACCGCCUAAUUCUUCCCCUCUGGUUAGAGUCCGUGCGGCUGGUUGAGAGAGGUCAUGGAUCCAUAGAGGACAUUGAUACAGUCAUGAAACUUGGUUUUGGUCAUCCCAUGGGACCCUUUGAGCUCAUGGAUUACGUAGGAACUGACACCUUAAAGUCCAUCAUGGACGGUCUUCAUGCUGCGAAUCCUGACCUCUCAGUCUUUAACCCGUGUGAACUGCUCAACAAGACGGUUGCAGAGGGCAAAUUGGGCAGAAAGACAGGAGAAGGAUUCUACAAGUACAAGUAAUGUUCUCAGAAAACAAGCCAUCCAAGACUGAUAAGAAACAGUGCUUGUGCCUUCUAUAAUUCCUAACUCACUUUAACUUGUACUUCUAUUUCUAUACUAGCUGAUAUUAUUUGAU